AUCUUCCAAAUGGGGGGUACCUCACCUUGUGCUUCCUGCAAAUUGUUGAGACGACGUUGCACAAAGGAAUGCAUCUUCGCUCCUUAUUUUCCUUCCGAUGACCCUCGCAAGUUUGCCAUUGUGCACAAGGUCUUUGGUGCUAGCAAUAUCAGCAAAAUGCUUCAGGAGCUUCCAGUUAAUCAAAGAGCAGAUGCAGUUAGCAGUUUAGUUUACGAGGCAAAUGCAAGAGUGAGAGACCCUGUGUAUGGAUGUAUUGGAGCCAUAUCAUACCUUCAAAACCAAGUUUCACAAUUGCAAAUGCAGCUUGCAAUGGCUCAAGCAGAGAUUCUCUGCAUCCAGAUGCAGCAAGAACCUACCUUACCCUCGCAGCUAGACCAAGAUGACAAAUCGCUGUUCUUAUCUGACAACUAUAAUAACUACGAUAUCCUUCCUCAGUAUCUCAGCUUUCCUUCAUCUUCUUCCUCAUCUUCCAAUGUAUUCCAAGACUCUGAGCCUCUUAAGAGAGAGUCUUUUUGGACUUGA